AAAACCCCACCUCUCUUUCUUUCCGUUUCCAAAUCUCCCGCCUUUCCACCCCUCCAUAAAAAGCUAUAAAUAUAAAAAAAACUCACAUCCAUUGAAUCUCCCGCAUUACUUCCCAAACCGUCUGUCCAUCCAUCCAUCCAUCCAUAAAUCCUAAUCCCUCUGUCUUCCUCACCUUUCGGUACCUACAAAUCAAAGCACAACAAACCAACCUACCCUUCUUCCCCACCCACCCUUCUUCCCUUCUACCCCAUUUUGAUUUGACUGGAGCAUCCGUUUAAAAAAAAUAAAAAAAAAGGAAAGGAAGGCCCACCAAUCAUGCCGUCAGGAUCAAAGAAGAGAAAAGCUUCCAGGAAGAAAAAGCAACAAAAGAAAAUCCACCAUGACACUCGAGAAGGGAAUGGUGGAAGGGAUGAUGAUCUGAACGGCCUUGACGAGAAGGACGUCGAAACCGCUGCUGGAACGAAGAAGAAUCCGAUGGAAGAAGGAUCCGAAAACGGCAGCAGGGAGCCCGGGCCUGUGAAACCUGAUUCCAAUAGCAAAGGCGUCAGUAUCGAGCACAUUCAGCCCGUGAAGGGAUCGGAUGGCGGUGAAUCGUAUGGUGACGAGGGGAGCUCUAGCAGCAGUUCGGACGAGGAGUCUCCACCAAUUGAAUUUACAUCUAAGGUUUCGGGCGCCCCUGCGGACAUCAAUUCGACUGGAUUGGUGGUUCCAUUGUCGGAAGGGGUGGCCGAUGUUGUAGAAGCCGCAGUGGUUGAGCGGGUUGUUCCGUUGUCAGAAGGGGCAGUGGAGGUUGUAGAAGCCGCAGUGGUUGAGCGGGUUGUUCCGUUGUCAGAGGGGGCGGUGGAGGUUGGAGAAGCCGCAGUGGUUGAGCGGGUUGUUCCGUUGGCAGACGGGGCAGCGGGAGUUUUAGAAACUGCACCGGUUGAGAAUCUUGUGGUCACUGAAGUUAAAGAAGCUGAGCCUGUCCAAAAUCUCGUUGUUUCGGAAGAAGCUGAGCCUGUCCAAAAUCUUGUUGUUCCAGAAGAAGCUGCACCCCUUGAGAAAUCUGAUGUUAAUCAUGUUAUAGAAUCUACCCCGGUUGAGAUUUCUGAGGCUACACAAGUUAUAGAACCAGUCCCUGUUGAGAAUUCUGGAAUUUUGGGUGGUGUUGAUUCUCCAUCGACAGAAAACAAUGAUAAAAUUCCACUACCAUUGUCAGAGACCGCUCCAAGUGAGAAGGCUAGGGAUGGUGGUGAGUUACUCAAGGAGUCUGAGAAUAAGGAACAGCAGGUAGUUUCGGCUGGCCCGCUAGCGCGUCGGAGUUCAUGGAUGAGUUGCUGUGGAUUGUUUGAUGCUUUCUUGGGCUCCCACCGAUGAUCCUAGUUUAUGAUGCAGAAAAGGAGCACGUCUAUCACUUGCAUGGAUAAAGGGAACUCAAGUGAUGAAGAUCGGCAUGUUAAAGGGUAAUAAGGGAAUGCUUGCAAUAUUUUGAAUAAUGUAGGUUGAUGGUCAUGUGGUGGUUGAGUAUUUCCCUGCACACAACUGACAAGAAAGCUAUAGAUCAAAUAGUUGUGGCUUGCAAUAUGGAUUCAUACUGCAGUUAUUCAGCUUCCCCAAUCUAUUUAUUUGGUUUUUGUUCUGGGAUUUUGGUCUCUUUUCUUCUUCUUCGUGUGGCAUUAGGUUGUAAGAAAGAUGGGUUGAGUAUUAUUACUUGUUUUGUUGGGUGAGUUUGUUGGUCUCAUCCUGAAAUUUGGUUUAGGAGCUAUCCUGCGUUUUUGUAGGAUUGGUUAUUCAUUAAUGUCUCUAUAAGAACUUGCUUUUCAGCUAUUUUUCAUUGAGGUAGGUUUCUCACAAA